UCCCUCAUCUUCUUCACUACUCAAAUCUUUCUUCGCAUAUCAAGAAAAAAAAUAACAACUCGAAGAGUCUCCAGAUCCAAAAAAGAUGAUCUCAGUGGUGAUUAUUACUGAGCUGCUAGUGGAGUACACGACGGCUCUCGCUAAACUCACCGCCGGUAUUCUCCCACGGCGUACCGGCGAUAGAAACGCCUUACGGAUCGGCGGUUUCCUCAUUCCUGCUCCUUCCUCAACAUCUUCGACCAUUCCUGAUUUCUCUUCUCAUCUCGUCGACUUCUGAUUUCUAAUCGAUGAGAAGUGGCUGAGGAUUUUUACAGAGUGUUCUCCUAGUCUUCUCUCUCUCUCCCUCUCUUGGUUUUGAAUCGUAUAGAGCUUUUGUAGAUCCGUAUCUUAUAUAUAGAGAGGACUUUUGUUACUCGUGAUCUGUGAUAAUACUAACUAUGUUUAUGGUAAUGAAGAUGAUCUUGCAUUCA